AUGACGGACUCUGAGCAGCAAGAAUGGUCCGAUCGUGGACCCGCCAUACUAGCAUCGACCUACAUAUUCUGCACACUUGGUGUUUUUAUUCUUUGCUGGAGAAUCGCAUAUGCCAUUCGGUGCAAGCGAAAGCUUUUGGUGUCUGAUUUCCUCCUCAUCACUGCAUCGGGGCGUCACAUUGCAGAUCCGAGCAUCUCCAAGCCCGAGGAUAUUCUGGGCUAUAGCUACCACCUCUGGAUUGCCCAAAUCCUCAAUCUCAUCGGAGUAGCCGUCCUCAAGUUUGCCAUCUGCGCUUACCUAUUCGCUCUCCGGUUUUCCAAAGUCUACCUGAGCUUUGUAUCGGCGAGCGUUGUCAUGACAAUGACCUUCAAUCUGCUCUUCCCGCUCAUAUCCGUGUUUUGUUGCACGCCACUCGAGGCCAAUUGGAACAGGGGGUUUGAGGGGAAUUGCUUCUUCAGAUGGGAAGGUCCCGGGCUUUCGUACAUGCAAGCCGUGUCUAAUAUCAUCACGGACAUUGUGUAUGUUGCUUCGCCGAUUCUGUAUCUCUCUACAAUCCAGCUAUCUCAGCAAACAAGAUGGGAUCUCCGGGUGGUGUUUUGUCUGGGUCUGGUUGUAACAUUCUGCUCCGUUAUGAAGACUACCACGCUUCCCACUCUCCUGAAUACUAAAGAUCCGACGUGGGAGAGUACCGAUCUCGUCAUCUGGUCGAGUCUCGAGCUCUCAGUAGGCAUCUUGAUUGCUGCUCUUCCGCCUCUGCGCAAACAGUUCGAUGCCUUGUUCCGCAAGAUGCUGCCCUCCACUCUCGGCAGUAGGCGCAAAACGGGGAGUAGUGGUGAAAACGCGCUACCGCUCUAUGAUGUGGCUACGGAGCAUACGAUUGGAAGCAAACCGAUCCGCAUUCGAUCAAAAUCGGAAGAAGACGAUGACACGGAUAGCGAGCGCCGCAUCCUAAGUCCGCGUACGAGCAAAGGCGAGAUCACCAAGACGGUGACACACGAGGUGCGCAGCGAAGACAGAAAUAGCGUGCAGGUACCGGAACGAACGCAUAACAUGUAUGGCUGA